AGCGGAGUGUCCCUUUAGUCUAGAAUCCAAGAUGGCGGCCAAAAGUGGGGAAAUGAGAGAAACGAUUGAACAGGCGGCACAGGCUGGUGAAAGGUUUAGUGAGUUGUAUUAUCAGACAUUCGACAAGAGUCGACAUAAAAUGUCCAAAUUUUACUCUGCAAAUGCUACCGUGUUGUGGAAUGGGAAUGUGGUCAAAGGAGAACCUGACAAGUUAAUGGACUUCUUCACUAACCUACCUUCAAGUCAACACACAUUACACUCUUUAGACUGCCAGCCAGUUACAGAUCAAGCCAUACCAGGCCAUAAGACUAUUCUUGUCAUUGCUGAAGGAUCUGUCAAAUACGAUGGACACAAAGUAGAAAAUUUCUCACAGAACUUUCUUUUGACUGUUGAAGGAACAGUGUGGAAAGUAGCUAGUGACUGUUUUAGAUACAUAGAAUGAACUAAAAAAGAUAUGAAAUGUAAAUACAAUCCAACAUUGUUCUAUAUACAAUAUGUUGUACUAAGUUACAUUAGAAGAUUGAGAGUGGAGAACAGAUAGUGUUGGUACACUUCAGUUUUUGCCCAAGGAUAUCUUCAAUUCUUGUUAAGAAUAUUUAUUCGUAAGUACCAGUGAAGAUCCAUGGAAUUCUAAAGUGUUUAUACCCUAAA